GGCCGGGGCGGGGAGCCCCGGGUGCCUCAGGCGGCCGGGCGGUGCUCGGGGCCCGGGGGUCGAUCCCAGCGCUUCUCGGUUCCCGGGCCGGUGGAGGCCUCGGGAGGGACGGGCCUCAGCCGGCCCCUCGUCGGGCUGAGCGGGUUGGGGCUGAGCCGAGCCCUGAGGCCACCGGGACGGAGCUCGUGUGGUGAAGGGAGUCCCGGGAGCUGCCCCCUCAGCCGGGAACCGCGGCGGCCAGCCCAGGAGGUCGAAUGGCCAGCAGUCCUGAGAAUAAUGCGUCCCUCUGUGAUCAGAAAGUCACACACUCAGAAAGUCUUCAAGCAAAGAAGUCCCAGCAAGCAGAGGAAGCAAUCUUCUACAAGAACUGCCGAGCAGCUUAUCUAACUGUUUUAAAAAGCAGUUUAGAAAAUAUUAAAUCAAAAGAACAACUCUGUUUAGUACUUCAACAGGCUGGAAGAAAUCCAUCUCAGAAGACAGUUAAUAAAUACUGGACUUCACAAACAACUACACUGAAUUUUGAUGAUUUUUGUACUAUUUUAAAAGAAGAAACACCAGCCACAAAAACUGAAUUGCUUGAAGCAUUUAGGAAAAUAGACACAGAUAACACUGGAUAUAUUUUACACGACGAACUUUAUAAAAUUCUUACAACAAAAGGUGAAAAAAUGACUUUGGAUGAAGUGAGCGCUAUAGCUAACCUAGCUGAUUUUAACUGCAGUGGCAAACUCGACUACAAGAAGUUCUGUGACUUAUAUAUGGCAACCAGUGAGCAGUGCUGCAAGACUGCACUAGGGAAACUGGAAGUUGACGGUCGAUUGAAGCGUCAGCAGUUUGGAAAUCAAGGUGAAACUUCCACUGAAGGGAUCACGCUGCCAGUAUUGAAACCAUCACCAAAAAUCUCCAGGAAGACUGAUCACAAACUAGCACCAACAAAAGGUGACAGCAGAACUCCUUCAAGACCCUUAUCAGCUCAAGGUUGCAAAGCAUCCGUUUCUUUCACUGUCAGUAUGGGUGCCAGUAGCAACAGAAACACAAAGCUAAUUGAGCCACACACAAUAAAGGAAUGGCAAUGUGCACAGUCCAGAGGAUGCUUCUACUUAGAAGAAGAUGGUGAAAUCAUUAGUCACAAGUACAGGUUGCACAUACCUCAAAGGUCUACAGUGUGUAUUACUAUCAAGCCUUUAAACCUCCGUCAGGCAGAAGGAAAAUCUUGUCAUUGGUUGUCAGUGGAUACAGCUUUGUAUGUUCUGAAGGAAAAUGAAACCCAAGAAAAUCUACAGCUUGUGAGCUUUACCGAGCAACAAAACAAAGAGAUGUUUGGAUGGAAAGGGGAGCUUGCAUCAGGAUUUUACUGGCUACUUCCAUUCACAACGGGCUGUAGGCUGAAGAAGGUGAAAACACAGAUUACUGGAGAAGCAAAACUGGUGUAUAGAGGCGAAGACAGUGAACUAGCUCUUACCAAAGAGUGCCGAGCAGUUUUAUUGGAUAUAUUUGAAACAAUUGAUUUGGAUGGAAACGGCCUUCUGAGUUUGGAGGAAUACAAUUUCUUUGAGCUGAGAACUAGUGGUGAGAAAUGUGAUGAGGAAGCUUGGGCUGUAUGUAAAGAGAAUUUUGAUAUGAAGAAGAACGAACUAACAAGACAAGGAUUUUUGGAUCUGAAUCUCAUGGAAGCCAAUGACCGUGAAGGGGAUCCUAGUGACCUUUGGGUCACUUUAUUGUCACUGGGCUACAAUAAAGCAUUAGAAAUGACAGAGGCAUGCCCCUUUGUCAUUGACAUCUAUGCAGAAAAAUGCAAACCCAGAAUUAAAGCCAUAUAUCUAGAGGCAGGCAGCUGGCAACUCAACAGGGCUAUUUGCAAGUCUGUUGUUAAUAAAGGAGAUGCCAAAGUAAUGGAUGGCUGUGAAAACAUAAUUGUCUAUACCUACAGAGCAGGCACGCGAAUCACUUCUGUUAUUGAAAAUAAGUCUGAAAACAAAGUGAUAAUUCAUGUCAACAAUGAGCAGAGUAAGAACUGCCUAAGUAACAGGGGACUUACCGUUUUUGCUGUGGAAGUGGCACCAAAAUCCAUGACGGUUUCUCAGCAUGUGAUGCCGCUGAACGAGCAGGAAGAAUGGCUUUACAAUUGUGUACAUUCCCUUUUACGUUAAACAUUCUAGUUAGAGAGCUGUUUCUUGGCAGUGUUCAAACUAAGCCACGAUUUAUUUUUUUUUUGGCUGCUUCUGCUGGACCAUUUCUAGUCUUGUCCUUCUCCAAAGCUGGCUGCUUCUCAGAGUUUCAUUUGUUAAAGCCAGUGAAUCACAUAAGUACUUAUUUAUUUCUGGAAUCCCACUUUUGCUAAUGGCUUUUAAGAAACAUGAAUAGUGAUAGCGUAGGGACGGAAUAACUGUAAGUAUGUAAAAUCCUUUGACAGAGUAGAAUAUUCACAUACUGCCUAAUGAAAUACAUUGGCAUGAAAACGUUGAGAGACAAUAAAAGUGAGUACUGUUCAGUAAUAUAGCUGACAGUUGCAACAUAAUUGUGCUUUAUAAGGGCUAGUUUCCCUAAGUAUGCCCUUAUUUUCUGUAAUAUGUAAGGUAGUUCCAUCACAUGCCAGAACUGCUUCACUGAGAAAAAACUUUUGUUAAAUUGGUCUGAUGGAUUCCUAAUUCAACACUCCUGUGAUUUUUAUGUGAGAAAUAUAAAGGGGUGGGGUUCUUUAAUCACCUGGUAAAGGAUUUGAUUUUUUCUCUUUUUUGAUAUUAUUUUCUUUUAUUUUUGUAACUUUAUAAUACUUAUCUUACUUUUUUCUAAAUGAUUACCAACUGUUUUUAUAUUCUUUUACAUAAAAUAAAGUCUGGCUUUUCACAUGUGAUAAGGAAAUAA